UAGCCACUGUCUUUAAUUAACUUUUUUUGGUUUGCUUUGAAUGUUUAAAUCAAAACAAAAGUUCAGAAGAUUUGGUCCAAGAGGUAUGUUUUGUGCUCGAGUCCAAAAUUAGAGCUCCAGCUGUUUCUAAAGGAGUAAAGGUUUAAUUUUGUGUGGCGCCUCUAAAGACAGGGGUGCUUAUGCUAUCAUCUCCUGAACACACACAUCUGAGCAAUUUUUCAAACCAGACAGCGGAGAUGUUGAAAUUAUGUAGAGCUGAAGCAAUGACUUCUCGACCCUGUACCAAAAACAUGCCUGAGGGAUCAGAUUUACAACAUGUCACAUACAUAAUAGAUCCCUUAAUGGUGUGAUUUAUACCAUAAGAUCAAUCAAAUGAAAGUUGUAAAAGUUCUGACUAGUUUUCAUAAUAGCCUACUAGUAAAAUCUAUGUAGGUCACUGAGACAAAAUAAUGAAAAAUGCUAGUCAGUCCUUAGGGAACAUAUUAAUAAUGCGUAAGUGUACGUAUACAUUUUGCAAGUUUUUGAACUCAAGAUUUUCAGACAAGGCCCACAAAAUAGGUGACAUUGUUUUGAGUAAUUAAAAAAUGUCUGUAAAAAUGAAUGGGAGUACAAGGAGGAGGAGGGAGCGUCUUGAUCUUCACAACCAAUCAAAUGUAAGCAUGCAGUUGCUAGCACUGAGUCCAGUAUUUAAAUGUUUUACCAUUCUCCUGUCUGAAGAGAGACCAAAGAUGAGACAGAAGGUGACGUCUGUGCUGUGCAUUUAUGGGGCUCUGCACUGCUUGGUAGUUCUACCAGUGUCGCAGGCCACAUCCCUAGCAAAAGUUUCCAAAGACAAAGCAUCUAAUCCAGCUGUCAGCAUUGACUCUGAACAGGCCCAUGAUUUUCUGGCACAUGCACGCCCAAGGAGAACAGCUAACCCCAACUGGUAUCACAAAAAUCCAGACUUUCAGUCCUACUAUCGUUAUUACAGCAGUAUUGGGCACAUUGAAGGGCUCUAUGAGAUAGACAGAAUUCGAAUGCUUUACCAGCAGAUGCGGCAUCUGGAGCUCACGUAUGGCCCUGAUGCAUCCAAAUUCCAGAAUGCACUCGGUCUUCAACUAAAAUCGACACCUCCACCCACAACCCAGCCUCCACCUCCUACUUUACCACCUGUCUCCAAGAUGGAAGUUAUGCACCUGUGUAAUUUAAAAGACCCCCAAUGCAAGCCACAUAUCGUUUACCUGCCCACUGGUGGCGUACCUGUACUUUGUGAUCCACGUUACCACCCAAACUGUAAACUAAGCUCUGUCCAGGAGUCUCCCCCUGUAACUGCCUCAGAGCCAGUGACGUCUGCUCCUCCACCACCUCCACAAAAAUCUACUCUUCCACCACCCCCUCCUUCAAUGAUGAUGAAAGAAAUGGAGUAUGACUGUGAUCCUUACUGGGACCCUGACUGCCUAAUAGACAAUCCUCCCAGGCCAGUUACCAUACUCAAACCAUCACCAGCAUUUGCUGCUGAGAAGGUGAAAAAGGAAACGGGGAACAAAGUAACCCUAGACGCUCCGGUUCCAACAUAUGACCCAUAUGACUUCAAUCAAGAUCUAUAUGAUCCCUUCCGCCAUGCAGCUCCGGCUCCCUGAUUUAAAAUUAAGUCAAAUCAGUCAAAAAAUAUUAAUCUUAAUAAUUUACCCCUACAUUGAUGGUUCCUUAUCUAAUUGAUGUAAAAAAAAAAUUAUAAGAUAAAGUUCAUAUUUUACAUUAAAUACAUUAAACCAUGGCCUUGUGUAUAAUAUGUAGCUAGAUAUGUAUUUAAACAAAUAUUGAGGCCAGAAUAAAGAAU